AUGGUACUGAGUGAAUUGGAUUCAGAGAAUGGUGUCUUCACAGGGAUUGAUGAUGUUGGCAGUGAAAUCCUAAGUCAUGGCAUUCGUAGAGAACUUUCCUUUUCUCGUUGGUGUGAUGAUGAUGAAAGUAUCCAUUUGGAUCAGCAAUUAGGUAGUGGAGAUGUUAGUUUAGAAGAAGAUUCUGAUUUUGAGUUACAAAUUCCUCAAAGGAAUGAGCUGCAGAGCAGAGCUUUAGAUAGAGAGAGAUUCUUUCACCAAAAGUUUGAGCAGAGGGGCAUGCAAAUGAACGUUAUUGGCACCAUGGAUGAUGAAUCUGUUCAUCGGAGAGGUAAUGGAUCCGAGAAGUAUGUGACUUUUGACAUUGAGGACAUGCCUGAAAGAGGACCAAAUGGUGUUGCUUCCUAUAUUUCUGUGGAUGAUGAGUCAUUUGAUAAAAGCUCCCAGACUCCUAUUCAUAUAGUAAAUAUCUUGAAGACAUUGUUUUUGAUACUUAUGUGGUACACUUUCAGUCUCUUUUUGACCCUGUAUAAUAAAAGUCUAUUGGGAGAUCAUAUGGGAAAGUUCCCAGCUCCUUUUUUAAUGAAUACUAUCCACUUUACAAUGCAAGCCAUUUUAUCAAAAUUUAUCACCUGGUUUUGGUCUCAUAGGUUUGAGACUAAUGUUGUCAUUUCUUGGAGGGAUUAUUUUUUGAGAGUUGUACCAACUGCUUUUGGAACUGCAAUGGAUGUUAACUUGAGCAAUGCAUCUCUAGUUUUCAUCUCUGUCACGUUUGCUACAAUGUGUAAAUCUGCUGCUCCAAUUUUUCUCCUUCUGUUUGCUUUUGCUUUCAGGUGCAUUCCCAGUCAUUUUGCCUUUGUAUUCGCUCUGAUUUCAAAAGAGACGGAGUUUGACUUCUGGGGAUUUGUACUUGUUAUGCUUGCUGCUGUUAUGUCCGGGUUUCGUCUGAAAAAUCCACUUACCCUGAUGAGCUAUGUAACUCCAGUAAUGGCUGUGGCAACUGCCCUUCUUUCUCUUGCAUUAGAUCCAUGGGAUGAAUUCCAAGAAAACAAGUACUUUGAUAAUUCAACUCAUAUUACUCGAAGUUGCUGGCUGAUGCUUCUUGGUGGCACACUUGCCUUUUUUAUGGUACUGACAGAGUAUGUUCUGGUCUCUGUAACCAGUGCUGUUACAGUAACAAUAGCUGGGGUUGUUAAGGAGGCCGUCACCAUAUUGGUUGCAGUAUUGUACUUCCGUGAUCACUUCACUUUGUUGAAAGGAUUUGGUCUAUUAACUAUUAUGAUUGGUGUCAGUUUGUUUAAUUGGUACAAAUACCUUAAGCUUCAUAAGGGCCAUGCUGUUGCCAGUGAAGUGGCAGAGCAUGCAAAAGAUUCUUCUGCCAAAUAUGUUAUUCUUGAGGAGAUGGAAGAACACGAUGAUAGCAUCUGA